UAAAAGAGAAACGUAUCAUUCAGCUUUCUCCUGUUAAAAGAAAACCACCUAUCAGUCCUAUUUGGCUACAACCUCAACUGGUGGACGGACCCUAUGACAAACUUGUAUCCGGCCCUGCGGGUGUCUUUCGAGAUCUACGGGCGCGUGUCACGACGCCCCAAGGUUUUUUGCAUAAGACACAGUGUUAUGGAUCAGAAUUUGGCAUCAAGGAGACAGAAAUUCUGGUACAGCGCGAGAAUACUGUGUUUAGGUUGAGUGGGGUCGAUAUGACAGUCUCCAG